CGCGACUCAGUCAACUCAGUGCUGCGAUGUUAACGAUAUUAUACCCUGACCAUGCCAAAUGUAGCCUCGAUGGAAAGAUUCGUUUCCCAGAACGAUCGUCGGUCAAUCCGACUAUGAGAUAAUCGAGUGGCCCCGAUGACGAAGCUCUUAAUUUUGGCGGUUUGGUCGAUAACGGUCGUCCAAUCGACGUCCCCCUGUCCAUGGGCGUCGGAAGUGGCCGAACUCGAAAGUUCCUGCAUCUGCGACUACAAUCUCGCCCGUGAGCUCUCCGUCCAAUGUGACAUUGUCGAUUAUGGUCAAUUGUUGACAGCUAUGAGACGCUACGCGACGAAACUGCCGAUCGAUCUUUUCUACAUAAACAACAGCACGAUCGGCACCCUCAGAAACGGCUCCUUGUCCGCCCUCAAAAUAAACAACAUUCAAUUCUCCGGAUGCCGAAUAAAAAACAUCGAAAAAGAUUCUUUCAAGGGACAGGAAAACACGCUGAAAAGCUUGAAUCUGAAGGACAACGAGCUCCAGGAAAUACCCAGCGAGACUCUGAAAACCCUGCGCAAUCUCUCGGUCCUCGAUCUAUCGAUGAACAAAAUAACGCGCGUCAAUGACAACGCUUUUUACGGACUCAAUCUCGUCACCCUCAAACUCUCCGACAACGAAGUCAACCUCGCCGCUGGCGCCUUCCGCGGACUCGAAAGAACCCUCAAGAAUCUUAACCUCAAAGGAACCAGACAGAAAAAAAUUCCGGACGCACUCCGAGGACUCAAAACACUCGCUUUUCUCGAUCUCUCACAAAAUUCCAUUCGAGAACUACCCGGAUCCGCUGGCACCAAAGCUUUCGAAGCUCUCGACUCACUCACCGGACUCAAUCUCGAAAGAAACCUCAUACAGAGCAUCGGAAACGACGCUUUUCAUGGCAUCAAAACCACGCUCAGCUCCCUCAGCCUACUCAAUAAUCUCAUACCCGAUUUUCCUUCCGCUGCCAUCAACAGCAUCCACGAUCUUAGGGUGCUGGACAUCGGUUUCAACUUGAUAACCGAAUUGCCAGUGAACGCUUUCGAGGGCAACCCCUCGAUAACCUUGCUGGCGAUCGACGGAAAUCCAUUGUCAACCGUUCCCGAGGAAGCUUUGGCUCGUCUAAACGGAACUCUUCGUGGUUUGAGCCUCGGUGGUCGGUUCCUCGUCUGCGAUUGCAAACUCCAAUGGAUCAUCAACUGGAUUCGCACGAGAGAUCUGCAAGUUACGAGUCGCGAACGAAAACCACAGUUUUGCGGUAGCCCGCUGAGGCUGCAGGACCGCAGCUUUUAUAACAUCGAUCCUAAUGAAAUGACGUGCGAAAGGGCGUCAGAAAUAAUUGGAAUAGGAACGGUUGAGAGUGUCGACACAAAAGAGCCAUCGGGUCCGGUGAGCGGAGUCGUCGAUGUUUUGCUUCCGACGAGCCGUCCACCGACAACGACUCCCAAGCUGUCGACGACUCGUGCAGUUAUCGAAAACACAACACUGGCAGCGAGCACGACAACGCCGAGUACGACGACGACGACGACGACGACAGUGAAAAGAACUGAAACGUCGGUUUCGUCGACGACAACAUUCGCAUCGUCGACCACGAAUCGUCCAACCGGUGCUCGAACUGGCAACGUCGUUGUCGUGCGAACAACUCCUAACUCGAUGAAACACAAUCAAGAUUUGGCUCCUAUGCAGCAACAACAUCAGCCAAGACCGCCGCUUGUCCUUGGCUCACCUCUGUACAAAACGAAAACAUUGGAAAAGGACAUAAUCGUUAAAGACGUCCUGAGACAAGACAAUGCAGUCAUUAUUUACUGGGAUACCGAAGUCUCAAAUAUACUCGGCUUUCGUGUCAUUUAUCGAUUGUUCGGUGAAUCGACUUUCAACUUAGCUCCACCGUUGGAAGCCAGCGAACGGGAAUUCAAGAUUAAAAAUGUUCCCUCUCAGGAAUGUAUGGUGGUUUGCGUCGUAUCUUUGGAAGAAACGAACAUGACACCAGCGAACGUGCCUUACAGCCAAUGCCGCGAAGUGCGUACAGAAAAUUCGCCGACCUCGAACAUCGACAAAAUAACGAUUGCAGCGAGCGCGGCGAUUUGUGCGACCGUGGCAGUUGCCUUGAUAAUAUUUCUCGUUGCGCUGCGCCGAAGGGCGAGAAAAUUGCACACGUUGCACAGCAUCGAUCAAACGAAAAUGGGGGGACCGAUCGCCGGUUUACCGGUAAAUUGCUGCUCGAAUGUUGGCCCAACCCCGAGUCCCGGGGGUCCGCUCUCCUCGAUGGCAACAUUGAGCGCUUAUAACGCCCAAAAAGAGUGGGAUCAAGUGUCCGCUUACAGUAAUCGGAGCAUUCCACGACCUCGGAUCUUCCCCGUCGACAGACAAGGUUCCAUUACGAGAGCUUCUUGCAUCGACGAAGGCAGAUCUCAAGCGGGUCAUUACGGGGGCAAAGUCUCGACCAGAUCUUUGGCUGAUGGACAAUCGCAGCAUAGCUUUUCCAAUAAUUCGUCACGUUACUUCGCUAACGCGGCUCUGGCCACUAAUCUCGUUAGCACGAGACCAGAAUUACGACAAUCAAGACAAUCGUUAGCAGCCGCUUCGGACAGAAUGUCAAGGAAUGGUUUUCCCACGAGUCAUUUGCCACCGCACGCUUCAGCACGCAGACAAAGACCGAGAUCGCGCAAUCGUAAUAUGGAACAAAAUCCACCUCGUCCCGGGAGCAGAUACAGUUUAGCCGAUUCAACUCACACGUUGAACAAUUACGAGGAGAACAAUUGGACCGAUCACGAUAUGGAUAUUUACAUGGCGCGUAAUCCGACGACGAGAAGUGGUUUGGUACCCUUGUAAAUGAUCGUUUCUUCAUAAAAUGCUCAAUCGUGCUCGUAAAUCGUACUAGUAAUAUCAUUUCCAAGUUUUUUUUCCUCCAGCGAGUGAAUCAGAUGAACAGUUUCGAGAUAAAAAGUGCAUCUUUACUUCGUCGUGUGCGCAUUGUUUUUCUAUGUUUAAUGAGACACAGAAAUUAGUCCUGCCCUCUCAUGGUGGUCUAACUGAGGUUUUUUUCCGUCGAGACGUACUGAGCUUUCGAUCGUUGGAAUGCAGCAAACGUUUUUUUUUCAUUUUCAACUUUCAAAUUGACAGAAUCGUUUGCACUUUUUUUUGUUUAUCGCUGUAAAAAUUGAUGGAACAUAGAUUCGUGGGUUUAAAAUUUUUUAUGAGGCUUUGGAAUAAAAAUGAAAAAUUGGAGAAAAGCCUGCUGCACUCGAAGAAAGUUAAUUUCGACGCCAAGAACAUGCCUGUUCGAUCAUUUGCACAUGUAUCGAUAAACUCAAAGAAAAUUGAUCGAAAAAAAAGAAAUUCCUCCAAGUUGUGUCUAGUCUCUUCUGUGCACAGAAUGAAAAGUAUCAUGAAGAUCCAGUUGAACUGAAUUCAAUCUCUGAUUCCACUUGUUAAUUGUUUCGUGAAUGAGCUGCUGAGAAAAAAAGGUGCUUGGCGAAAAGGAAUGUGUGAAUUAGCAAACUCGUUAAUACGUACUACUUGAAUUUUUUAUCGACUCGUAGACAAUAAGAAUAGCGAUUUUAAAGUAGAUGGUAGAAAAAAAAGUCUAAAAAGCAAUGAAAACAAAUGAUUAAAAUGGUAGAAAAACUCAAAGUUCUUCAUAAACGAAGAAUUUAGUGAGGUAAUUCUCAUUGAAAAACGAUGCAUGGUGGGCAUCCUCGUAAAAAUGUUAAAAAUCCUUUACAUUGUAGAUAAUAGGACUAAAUAUUUCGAUUAAUGUCAAAGCUAUACUCGUGGUUUAUUCCAAAGACUGUAGCGUGUGACUGAGCUGAUCAAUUGAUUGUUUAGUUUAGGUUACGUGUAAAAUUUUUCAUCACGUUCGUAUUUUUCGUAAUAAUUAACUUUUUUAAGCAUAGACAAAAAUAUAUUAUUGAGAUAAGCAUUUAUAGAUAGAUAUAUUUGACGUAGUUUUUCGAAAAACAUACUAAUGCAUACCGAAGAACUUGACGUGCGGAAGUACACAAAUUAUUUUACACAAACUAUAGUUAUUAUAUCGAAAGAAUAAUAAAAUAAUAACAAAAAUUGAUGUUAGGUCAUUUUAAGGCACGUUUGAAAUUAUUUCAGUAUUUGUACAUCCGUUAAAUCGUAACCAUUCUCUGUUUUAUUAUUAUAUUUUUUUUCUAAACUUACCAACUGUGAAUACAUAUUCGCGAACAAAUGAAAUAAAUAAAAUGUACUCACCCUGGUAUGGCGAUACUUUUU